GUUGCAGAUUUCGUUGGUCUUGUUCAACAAACGCCAGCCAUAAACGAGCUGUAGCAUAGCCAACAACCGAACUCGAUGAAGUUCGCAAAGUACUUGGACCAGUCCAAGCUGGGCGAAUGGAGCUCGCAGUAUGUUGGAUACCGAAAAAUGAAGAAACAGCUCAAGCGAAUCGGAUUGGUCGCCACCAUUGCACCGCACUCGUCGGGCGACGAGUCUGCUGCCCCGAAGCCGCACGAUGAUGACACGGAUAGCCAGCCAGCUUUGCAGCCAGAUCAGGACGCGGAACAGUUUUACCAGCAAGAGGCCGUCUUUGUCCAAAUGUUUGACGCUGAAGUGGGCAAAGUCAACGCCUUUUUCAGCAAAAAGAUGCAGGAAGCCAUCACCCAGCAGAAGGAGCUCCAGAACCAAGCCAAGCAACUCACACAGCUGGCCCACGCACCCGAGACAAUUCUGCCCAAGAAUGCCCACCCCGGAGUGGCACGCGGUAUUAGUCGUGGAGAGAUGCUUCGCGCUGCCAACGAGCCUCAUGCAGGUCACCACGACGCGAUCGCCACUUUUGCAGCGCUUGCCGAGACGUACACAUCGCCAGCGGGCGCCAUGGCUGCAGUCCUCAGCAAUCAAGCAGACGACGAUGUCCACCAUCUCACUCAUCCUCAGCCACCGCGCCCUGAAGGGCCUUCCUCAUACAAAACAGCCCUCGUGCCACCAGAGAUUGUGGCCGCAAACUCGGCCCGACUUUCGAGCAACAUGGAAACGACGGGUGAACCAGAAAAGCACGACUCGUCCGAGGAAGACACAGCCGCAUUACACAGCACCAGCGAUUACAUGCCGCGCUCUCCAGAAGCGCGUGCGCAGGCCGCAGCUAUCCGGGAGGACAAAGCAUUCAUACGGCAAAUCAGCACCGAAUCGAGCAAGCGUCCGGCCGUCAAGAGUGCUCUUGCAUCGGCAUUUCUUCCAAUUGCCGCUGGUGUGGCAGUGUCAAACGUCGACUCAUCUCCAAAGCAACUUUCGCUCAAAGCCCCUGCCUCGCUCCCAACUGGCGCUGUUUCUCACAGUCCGAUAGACAAGGCCCGGCAAUCUGCAUCUGCGGCUGCACUUGCCGUGGAGCCUUCACCACCCUCGGUUCAAGCCAAGCAGCACCGACUUGGUCUAGCAACUGUGCUGCACUCUCCCAAUCGGUACAAGGUGGCGCUUCGCAAACUUUCCGCCGCUAUUGCCGAGCACUACCGCUUUCUGGACAUUCUGCGCAAUUACCAUAUUCUUAAUCACACUGCACUCGCGAAAAUCUUGAAAAAGCAUGACAAGACUACGGGCUUCCGAACUUUGGCGGUUUGCAUGGACAAGCUCAAGAAUGAGCCGUUCAUGAAGCUUCGAGAGAAGCUGAGCAGCUUGAUGGAGGACUGCGAGAAACUCUAUUCUGAUGCCAUCUGUGACGGCGAUCGUCGAGCUGCUAUGCGUCGUCUCCGGCUUGUCGAUGAAGAAACGGUUCAGGCAGGGUCUGCUUUUCGACUCGGACUUCUGGGUGGCAUGUGCAUUCCUUUAUUCAUUCUGGUCAUCAUCGCUGUCAGCUCGCGAUACGCGGAUGGCGCCUUGGACGACUUCCAGUCGAUUUGGCUCAUGUACCGUGGCAUGCUUUUACCCAUUUACAUGCUUUGGCUGGUGGCUGGCGAUAUAUGGAUUUGGCAAAAGCGGAAGAUCAACUAUGCCUUUAUUUUCGACUUUAAUGUUCGGGAUCACUUAAACUUUGUAGAGGUUGCCGAAGUUGCGGGCUUUCUGUCAGUGUUUUGGUGCGUCAGCAUCCUGUGUUACACCUUUUCGGACUCGAUUAGUUUUAUUCCGGCGCGGUGGAAUCCCUUGGCUCUUGCGUCAUUCUACGUUCUCUUCAUGUUCAAUCCCUUCCCCAUUUUCCGUCGCUCGGCGCGCUACUGGACUCUUCGCACAUUUGGUCGAGUUAUCGUAUCACCGUUAACAAAGGUCCGAUUUGCCGAUUUCUGGUUUGGAGAUCAACUCAUUAGCUUGGUCGUCGCCCUUUUGGACUGGGAGUUUCUGUUUUGCUACUACAUCACGAGUGCGACGUCCUCAUCUCGAUGCGUCAGUGUAUCGUACGGCGUCCGUCCUGUCAUUACCUGUCUGCCGGCCUUCUGGCGUCUCAUGCAGUGCCUUCGACGUUACCGCGAUACGAAGGCCAAGUUCCCUCACUUGGUGAACGCUGGCAAAUACUCUGCCACGAUCAUGGUCGGCAUCUUCUCUUCAUUGGAUGCGUACUAUCGAGAAUCCCAUCCUGGAUCGUCGUGGAACGCCUUCCGAACCAUCUGGGUUAUUUGUGCCAGCAUUAGCGCAGUUUACUCUUACACGUGGGAUAUCAAGAUGGAUUGGGGUCUCACGGAACGCAAGUACAAGUUUUUGCGCAAGGAGCUGGUCUACUAUCCCAAAUUCGUCUAUUAUUUUGCCAUGGUUCUCGACUUGGCACUCCGUUUCCUCUGGACUUUUACCAUCGCCCCGCAGCAGAAUAUCGGCAACUUUUUGAGUUCUCAAAUCUUUUUGUCCGUUCUUGCCUUUUUGGAAGUUUCGCGACGCUGCAUGUGGAAUAUCUUCCGCUUGGAGAAUGAGCACCUCAAUAAUUGCGGUCAGUUCCGCGUUAUUCACGACGUGCCAUUGCCCUUCCGUCCACUGAAACAAGACGAGGAAGAGGUCCCGCUCCAAGCCGCAAAACUGCGAAACCCUGCUCCGUCCGAACCAGCGAGUGAGCUCCCAUCCCGUGCACCUAGUGUGAUACCUGAGGACAUUUCUCCCGCCCACCUGGCGGCCGUACCGUCCAUUAACAGCACCCUUGCGCCCGAUGAUGCACUCGAUCCGUUCAAGGCCUUGGAGAAGAAGGCUCAAUGAGAACUUUGUUUGUUUGUGUGUGUGGGGGGGGGGUUCUGCCAGUGAUUCCAAGUAUACAUGUACAAUUGUAGUUCUACGUUCAUCCUU